AUCCCCGUCUCAACUUACCACCACACAUCUCCCCAACCAGACCUGCGACCUCCCCGAGUCCCACAGAUUGGGUCAGCUCCUUCCCCUCAGCUCGGACCUCUUCUUCCUCGGCUUGCGAUCGCCGGAGCUUUCAUUCCGGCUUGCCUUGCCGCUUGAAAUAUCCGCCUUCCAAUCCCACUGUUGAUCUCGCAUGGCUUGGCAGUCUCCCUCGGCCAUGGCUGGGGGUGGAGGCUUCGUCGGGCCGGGAGGUGAUGGCUCCUCCAAUGGUGGACAGCCUCAGGGGACGGAAUACACUUUACAAGGUGUGAUGCGCUUCCUGCAGACCGAAUGGCAUCGGCAUGAACGAGACCGCAACGCCUGGGAGAUCGAGCGCGCAGAGAUGAAGUCCCGCAUUGGAAAGCUAGAGGGCGAUGUCCGCACAAGCAAACGCCUACACGAGUCGCUGGGGAAGCACGUUCGCCUAUUGGAGGCUGCGCUGAAGAAGGAACGCGAGAAGGUCAAGAAGCUCAGCAACAAUGAGAAGAUCGAUGACACGAGGGACCCGAAGGAGAUUGCCCGGGAGAGCAUUAAUGCAUUGAAAGCCCAACAUCCCAAGCCGCAUGGCGAUGUCAACGAUGCAGACCAAAACCUCGAGAACCACCACGAGUUCCGCCAAGAGAAUGAGCGGGAUAAGUCGCGCUUAUACCUGUCCAAGUGCUCGCAGGAAGUUGCGUACCACGUCAUUCCUUCGUCCCAUCCGCCGCCCGAUUUCAGCGAUCAAGACCUCCCGAACCAUCUCUACGGCAAUCAGCAGCAGAUGUCGCAACAGACCUUGGAAGAGGUCUACCUGCAGCAGCAGCGUCAGAAACAACAUCAGCAACAGCAGGCGAACAACAUGAUGGCACGGGAAGUGGCCCUGCAAAAUCACCAGCCUAUCAUCACGCACUUCCCGGAUAACUCAGGGCUAUCUCGUGCUCCCAGCCACUUCGGGUAUCCGCCCAGCUCGAGGGAAGCUAUGGAGAGGAGGCCCAUGGAACCGCAACAGACCCCUAUCACUGCACUGGAAAAUCGGAAGCAAACGUUUGAAUCUGCCCCCAUGGAGGAUCGUGCUGGCACGGAGGAGCAGGUGUAUGAUGGCUAUGGCUCGCAAGUAACAACCAAGGAGGAGACCCGGCAACCUCAAACUGUUGAAGACACAGACGGCUGGAACUUUGACGAGUCUGCCGAACCAGCUCCUCCAGCUGAGCAAAUACCCCCCCAUCGACCCGAUGUCGAUGCUUUCCCAAACGCCAAUUUUGUUGGCGCAAAAUCUCCUGCACGGACCGGCUCAGUCUCCCACCGCCGGAAAAGCUCUGGUGCCAGGCGCAAGAGUGAGGGUGCUGCAGACCUUGCGGCAUCGAAACCAGAUACCUCUUUCAAAGUCCGCUUCGCCCUCCGAGGUCACCUAGAUGUUGUCCGCUCCGUAAUCUUCACGGGUGGCGGAAGCCCUUCCGAGCCAGAGAUCUGUACGUGCAGCGAUGACGGAACAAUCAAGCGCUGGAUUAUCCCGGCAACCUAUGGGACAUUUGGUGCUCACGGCGCCAACUCCAGUAAUGACCUGGACAUCACGAGCUACUUCACUCACCGCGGACAUGUAGGAGCUGUGACUGCGCUGGCGGCUUGUUCACCGUCACAGAACUUCUCCAACGGCGGUCGCGCGCUUGGUGAUGGGUGGGUGUUCUCUGGUGGACAGGAUUCCAGCGUACGGGUUUGGGAGCGUGGCAGGGUCGAUCCUAAGGCCACACUCGAAGGACACACGGAUGCAGUAUGGGGUCUGUGUGUUCUUCCGGGAACAGCGGGCUCUGUCUUUGGCGACUCCUGCAGCCAUUAUGGCGGACCUGAUCGGAUUCUACUCGCAUCGGGAGGUGCCGAUGGCCGGAUCAUUAUCUGGGCAGUCAGUGCACCGCCUCAGCUGUCGUCGCCUCAAGCAGGAUCACGACGCGCGGGAGGUAGUCGGCGAGCCAACUCCAUCUCAUCUGGUUCAAACUUUCCUUCGUCGCCGCAACCGAGCACGGCAACCACUACACCCUUCCACUACACAAUGGUCCGCCAAAUCGUGCGCUCGGGCUCGCCAUCUCCCACGUGUAUCAGUCCGUUGUCACUGGCCGGUAUUAAUUUUGUUGUCUCUUACACAGAUGCUUCGAUCUUGGUCUAUGAUACGAGAACGGGCGAGGAGGUCGCUGGGAUGGCCAGUCUGGAGACGUAUGACGGUACACCUUCGACUGGUGUUAAUGCGGUCGUUGCCACGACAGUUGGAUUCGACGGCUCGGCCGGUCUUGACCCCAGCCGAACAAUGGCUGAGGAGGAGGUGGUCCAUGGCGCAACUGGGUCAAGCGGUGCCGAAGGGGUCAUCAUUAGUGGCUAUGAAGACCGUUAUAUUCGAUUUUUCGAUGCCAACAGCGGUCAAUGCACAUAUACAAUGCUCGCUCACCCGUCAGCGAUUGCCUCGCUCUCUUUGUCUCCGGAUGGACGAGAGCUUGUUUCCGCAGGCCACGACGCCAGUCUGCGGUUUUGGAACCUGGAGAAGCGGAGCUGCACUCAAGAGAUCACGAGUCACCGGCUGAUGCGUGGUGAAGGGGUGUGCUCUGCCAUGUGGAGCCGCGACGGCCGCUGGGUUGUCAGUGGAGGAGGCGAUGGGGUUGUCAAGGUCUUCUCGAGAUAACUGAGGGCUAUGCACGCUUCCGCGAUGUAUGAAUCCGUUUCUUUUUCUUUCCAGCUGAUACUUUUCUAUGGCAUGUUCCUUGGACGCAUGAAAGGGAUGAGCGAUUGGCCUGUUCUUGAGCAUUUGCAACGGUUUUCAACCACCUGGCAUCUGUUCCUUCUACUUUUGUGGUUAUAGCUUUCUUUUUCUUCCUUUUUAUUCGAUCGGCUGCAUCGCUCGCCACUUGUCUUCUUCGGGGACGCUGCUCUCCACCUUGCUACAUUUUUAACAGAUAAGAUGCCGAACUGGACUGAAUCCGGCUGCGGAUUAUGACUUUAUUUGUGUUGGACGGCUCAACAGUUUACCGGGUCCGCAGUCUGUUACACUGAGCAUUCUGAUACCUCUGCGCUUCUUAUGCAAUUUCUGCAUGCAUAUUAACUUUCUCCGUGAACAAUCA